CUCGUCAUUGGAGAAUCUUCAUUGAAAGUUAAUUUCAGUCCAGGAUUAGGCCUAAUCUGUGUCCGGGAAAUCAAACCUAGUUGUCCAAGACUGGAGAAGACCAUGUAGAAUAUACAACUUUACCCCGUUUUUUUCUCUCAAGGUAUACUGACCUAACCUCUCAUUUGUGUUCUCUAUAGCCACCAGUGCAAUCCAAGGAUAGCAAUAGGUGCACUCUGGGUAAUCUUAACUCCUCACUGUCCUAUAUGGUGCAAAUACAGUGUGUGGCUAAUGACAAAUGUACACAGUGCCCCUGGAGCAAGAAUUUCACUGUUCCACCUGAACUUACUGAUAAGCCUGUCAUUGAGAUGGUAGAAGAUUUUCCACAAACCAGAGGAAGUAGAUUAGUGAUCAUAAAAUGGAAGUUUGCAGCCAGUGAGUUAGCGGAGGGCUACAGUGUGACAGUGGGGAAGGCCUCAGGAGAGGACCCCAUUGAGGCCUUCAACACCAGCAGGACCCUACUCAGACUGGCUCUGUCUCACUCAGCCUACCACCUCACCAUCACAGCCCUCAACAAGGCUGGGACCUCACCUGCAGCACAAAGGACAAUACCUCCACUGGACGACAAAGACUUAUAUGGGAAGCUGAAUGUGACAUUCAAUGGCAACAUGUCCUUCACUGUCUCCUGGGUGGAUGACCUGAUCACAACCUACUCCUGCUUCUCAGUGGAGUGGUGGACGAGAGGAGAGAAAGCUGCUCACAAGUCCUUCUAUGAGGAUGAGAACAACUACGAAGUCAUACACUUGGAGGAGCCAUUAGAGCUGUAUAAGAAGUACACCUUCACUCUGCACACAAGGCCACAUAAAGAGCCCUGCAACCUGAAGUUCAUCAACAACAGCGAGAACACCUAUGGGAGUAUCCAGGCCUUCUUCACUGAAGGAUCCCCCAUCAGUGCCCCAGGGAACAUCAGCAGCAGUAAUGUUAGCCAGAGUUCCAUGGUGCUGGAGUGGACGGCCGUCCCCGAGGAGGACAACAGAGGUUUCCUGCUGGGCUACUUCCUCCAUUACACAGACAGGCUGCAGGACUGGACAGAUACUGAACCAAACAUCACUGUGGAUGCUGGUUCGACCAGCUAUGAGUUGGUAGACCUACAGAGCAAUACUAUGUACCGAGUCCAGUUGUCUGCCUUCACUGGUGCAGGAAUGGGAGUGAGAAGCUCAGCUGCAUACUUUGAAACCAAACCUGAAGGGUUGCUUGUUGAUCAAUCACCAGCAUCCCUGAUGGUGAGUGGGGUGAUAGCAGGGACCAUUGUUGGAGUAACUUUACUCUUACUGGUGGUUCAUCUCAGCUCUCAGCUGUUAAAAAGAGCAAAGAAACGACUUUGGCCGAAUAUCCCCAAUCCAGGUAACAGCAAUGCCAUCCAGAAAAUAGUUGGUGUCUGUGAUCUGGAACUCCUGGAGCUCAUCAACCGACAGAUGUUGAAGGAAGAGCAGGGGGACUCCAACAGUCUACACAUUGUCGAUGGAAGAGAAGAAAUGUCUCUUGUUGGCAACCUCCAUCGCAAUGCUGACUCCUGUCUACACCUCAACACAGACCAUGAGGAGAGCCAAGGGCCUUCUCUGUCAACCAUAGCCACAGACAGAGCUCAAGAUCCAACUUCUGACACCAUUACAUCUAUUCCCACAGACAUGAGACAGACGGACCCUGUCCUCAUCAGUACGGUGGCCCACCAGUGCCACCCUUUGGCCUUUCUAAGUGAUUACACCACCAUGGAACUCUUCCAACAGGCUAUGCCACAGUGUGUUCCAACCAAUACGUCGUCAUCAUCAUUGUCAUCAUUUGAAUCCCAGGAUCAGUCAAGCCAGAUCAGUCAAGCCAGAUCAGUCAAGCCAGACCAGAGUUAGAUUACAUCCACCAGACCCAAGGCAGCACCAGUCCGACUCAGAACACUAAGGUGUAAACCAUGGUUCUUUGAGAAUGUUUAUUGUAGAUUCUAGAAUCUGCUUUUCUCACUGAGAUGUUGUGCAAACAUUCUAGGCCUUUCUCUAUGUAACAGAGCCACCGGCUGCCAUCAGUGUGACCCUGUCAACUAGCAUAUUGUUAGGUGUUUGAGCGGUUCUGGACUGGUUCCGACUGAUAUUUUAGUGUACAAAGCGCUCUGUUACGCCGUAGGGUCCCGUUACUUAUAAUGCCAAAAAGCCCCAUCUGCCUGCUCUCCGUUUACACUCUCUAAGCAGAGCUGACCUGAAGCGUCAGGUUUGAGACCCCACAUUUGCAUAGGCAGUGACGUGUCACAUUUCUGGCCUAUUCAAACAAUGAAUCUCUUCCUCUGAGCCCAGCUUGGGAGAUGGCAAAUGAACAGUGACAGUCUAGCAAGACCAUCCAUUGUGGUUUCAUCUCACUGUGAUAUUCUCAGACGGAUUUAGAGCUCUCAACACGAUGGGAUUGUCAUAAUUCUGGAAUGUUUAAUGAUGUAGGGGAACUCAUCACAAACUCAAGCUGUUAUCCUGUCAAUACAUGUAUUGAUAGCUGCUAUGUGGUAGUCACAAGAUCGUGUGUUGAGGGAUUGUCCAAGAAGCAGACCUUUCACAAGAGAGGUGUUGAUUGACUGCUCUUUAUAUGAAUGGGACUUUUUAAUGGUUUUAAAUGAAAUCAUGGAUUAGAAACCAUUUUAUUCUCUGUUUAUGUAAACUGGCAUAAUGGACCUGUUUUGGUGUUUUCUUGAUGGAGGAAAACGCUGUCCCAGACACCACUGCUGAGACUUCCAUAAGUGUUUAUUUGGGUUGAGAUCUGGUGACACACCCUUUAAAACACCCUAUGCUCCUUUGAGACCCCUCUUUCAAAGUCACCGAGAUCUUGUCUUCUAGCCAUGGUAGCCAAAAUAAUGGCCAACUGGACAUUUUUAUGCAUGAUAGGAUGUUAAUUGCUUAAUUAAGUCAGGAUCCACACCUGUGAGUAAGCACCAGCUUUCAAUAUACUUUGAAUCUCUCAUUUACUUCAUUUUGGCAGUUACCUGUAGAUACACUAUAUAUACAAAUGUAUGUGGACACCCCUUCAAAUUAACGUGAUUUGUCCAUUUCAUCCACACCCAUUGCUGACCGGUGUAUAAAAUCGAGCACACAGUCAUGCAAUCUCUAUUGACAAACAUUGUCAGUAGAAUGGCCUUACUGAAGAGCUCAGUGACUUUCAACGUGGCACUGUCACAGGAUGCCACCUUUCCAACAAGUCAAUUUGUCAAAUUUCUGCCCUGCUUGAGCUGCCCCGGGUCAACUGUACGUGCUGUUAUUGUGAGUUGGAAACGUCUAGGAGCAACAACGGCCCAGCCGCGAAGUGGUAGGCCGCACAAGCUCACAGAACGGGACCGCCGAGUGCUGAAGUGCUGUUGAACAGAACCGCUGAGUCUAAGGUACUACGGUGCUUGAGGUGUCACUACAGACCCGGGUUCGAUCCCAGGCGGUGUCACAGCCGACCGGGAGGCCCAUGAGGCGGCGCACAAUCGGCCCAGCGUAACCCGGGUUAGGGGAGGGUUUGGGCGGCAGGGAUUUCCUUGUCCCAUCGCGCUAUAACGACUCCUUGUGGCGGGCCAGGUCCCUACAAGCUGACUUUGGUCGCAAGCUGGACAGUGUUUCCUCUGAUACGUUGGUGAGGCUGGCGUCCGGGUUAAGCGAACGGUGUGUCAAGAAGCAGUGCGGCUUGGCAGGGUCGUGUUUUGGAGGACGCAUGGAUCUUGACCUUUGCCUCUCCCGAGUCCGUAGGGGAGUUGCAGGAAUGGGACAAGACUAUAACUACCAAUUGGAUACCACAAAAUUGGGGAGAAAAAGGGGGUAAAAGUACAACAACAACAAAAAAUAUAUGUACUUCCUUGGUUGCAACACUCACGAGUUCCAAACUGCCACUGGAGGCAACGUCAGCACAAUAACUGUUCGUCGGGAGCUUCAUGAAAUGGGUUUCCAUGUCCGAGCAGCCGCAGAUCACGUGGGCUGGAGGGGUGAAAAGCUCGCCGCCUUUGGACUAUGGAACAGUGGAAACGCGUUCUCUGGAGUGACGAAUAACGCUUCACCAUCUGGCAGUCCGAUGGACAAAUCUGGGUUAGGCGGAUGCCAGUAGAAUGCUACCUGCCCGAAUCCAGUGCCAGCUGUAAAGUUUAGUGGAGGAGGAAUAAUGGUCUGGGGCUGUUUUUCAUGGUUCGGGCUAGGCCCCUUAGUUCCAGUGAAGGGAAAUCUUAAUGGUACAGCAUACAAUGACAUUCUAGAUGCUUCUGUGCUUCCAACUUUGUGGCAACAGUUUGGGGAAGGCCCUUUCCAGUUGAGAAUGCCCCCGUGCACAAUGCAAGGUCCAUACAGAAAUGGUCUGUCGAGAUUGGUGUGAAAUAACUUAACUUGACAGGCCUGCACAGAGCCCUGACCUCAACCUCAUCAAACACCUUUUGGAUGAAUUGGAACGCCGACUCCGAGCCAGGCCUAAUCGCCCAACAUCAGUGCUCGACCUCACUAAUGCUCAUGGCUGAAUAGAAACAAGUUCUUACAGCAAUGUUCCAACAUCUAGUGGAAAGCCUUUCCAAAAGAGUGCAGGCUGUUAUAGCAGCAAAGGAGGGAUCAACUCCCUUUUAAUUCCCAUGAUUUUGGAAAGAGAUGUUCGACGAGCAGGUGUCCACAUACUUUUAGUCAUGUAGUGUAUGUUUGAGGCAAAUCCAAUACAACACAUUACUGAGUACUCUCCAUAUUUUCAAUUAUAGUGGUGGUUGCAUGUAAUGGGUAUGCUUGUAAUUUUUAAGGACUGGGGAAUUAAAGAUAAAAAAAUAAAUGGAUUGGAGCUAAGCACAGGCAAAAUCAUAAAGGAAAACCUGGUUCAGUCUGCCUUCCACCAGACACUGGGAGAUUAAUUAACCUUUCAGCAGGACAAUAAUGUAAAACACAAGGCCAAAUCCACACUGGAGUUGCUUACCAAGAACACAGUAAAUGUUCCUGAGUGGCCGAGUUACAGUUUUGACGUAAAUCUAUUUGAAUAUCGAUGGCAAGACCUGAAAUGGUUGUCUAGCAAUGAUCAACAACCUAUUUGACAGAGGUUGAAGAAUUUUUAAAUUAAUAAACGGACAAAUGUUGCACAAUCCAGGUGUGAAAAGCGCUAAGAGAGUUACCCAGAAAGACUCACAGGUGUAAUCUUUGCCAAAGGUGCUUCUACAUAGUAUUGCCUCAGGGGUGUGAAUACUUACAGUACCAGUCAAAAGUUUGGACACACCAACUCAUUCAAGGGUUUUUCUUUAUUUUUACUAUUUUCUACAUUGUAGAAUAAUAGUUAAGACAUCAAAACUAUGAAAUAACACAUAUGGAAUCAUGUAGUAACCAAAAAAGUGUUAUGACAGCUUUGCACACUCUUGGUAUUCUCUCAACCAGCUUCAUGAGGUAGGCACCUGGAAUGCAUUUCAAUUAACAGGUGUGCCUUGGUAAAAGUACAUUUCUGGAAUUUCUUUCCUUCUUAAUGCGUUUGAGCCAAUCAGUUGGUAGGGGUGGUAUACAAAAGAUAGCCCUAUUUGGCAAAGGUCCAAAUUAUGGCAAGAACAGCUCAAAUAAGCAAAGACAAUUGAAAAUCCAUCAUUACUUUAAGACAUGAAGGUCAGUCAAUCCGUAACAUUUCAAGAACUUUUAAAGUUACUUCAAGUACAGUCGCAAAAACCAUCAAGCGCUAUGAUGAAACUGGCUCUCAUGAGACCCGUCACAGGAAAGGAAGACCCAGAGUUACCUCUGCUGCAGAGGAUAAGUUCAUUAGAGUUAACUGCACCUCAAAUUGCAGCCCUAAUAAAUGCUUCACAGAGUUCAAGUAACAGACAAAUCUCAACAUGAAUUGUUCAGAGGAGACUGCCUGAAUCAGGUCUUAUAGGUCGAAUUGCUGCAAAGAAACCACUACUAAACGAUACCAAUAAUAAGAAGAAACUUGCUUGGGCCAAGAAACACGUGCAAUGGCCAGUAGACCGAUGGAAAUCUGUCCUUUGGUUUGAUGAGUCCAAAUUUGAGAUUUUUGGUUCCAAGAAGGAAAGUGAUGGAGUGCUGCAUCAGAUGACCUGGCGUCCACAAUCACCUGACCUCAACCCAAUUGAGAUGGUUUGGGAUGAGUUGGACCGCAGAGUGAAGGAAAAGCAGCCAACAAGUGCUCAGCAUAUGUGGGAACUCCUUCUAGACUGUUGGAAAAACAUUCCAGGUGAAGCUGGUUGAGAGAAUGCCAAGAGUGUGCAAAGCUGUCAUCAAGACAAAGGGUGGCUACUAAUCUAAAAUAUAUUUUGAUUUGUUUAACACUUUUUUGGUUACGACAUGAUUCUAUAAUAUGUGUUAUUUCAUU